GACACCAACAAAAUGGUGUUCCCGAUGGCCAUCAGUCAGUGGUCGCGACGGUUGCUGAAGAACCUGCAGUACUUCCAAAGCAACUAUUUGUGUGUUUUUGUCAUUUUAAUCAUAUAUUGUAUCCUAACGUCGCCUCUGCUUCUGUUGGCUUUGAGCGCAUCCAUCGGCGCCGCGUAUAUCCUGACGCUGAAGAACGCCGAGAGACCCCUCAAGUUCUUCGGCAAACGCCUGACCCUCGGACAGCAGUACCUCUGUGUGGGUGUCGUGUCUUUGCCCCUCUUCUACAUAGUAGGCGCCGGUUCGGCCGUCUUCUGGGUGUUGGGCGCCUCCCUCUUCGUCGUCGGACUUCACGCCAGUCUCUAUGCCAUCGAAUCCGUGCCCAUCGAUGACUCCAUCGACGGACAGCCCUUCGCUUUCAGCGUCCAAAGCGUGUGA